UCCGAAGGAUCGCACUGCAGUCGUGUGUCGCGACUACGACGCGCGCCCGUCGCCACGCCGCGCGCCGCCACUCUCGCCUUACGUAAUAAAUAAUCGGAUCGAAACCGCUCAUCCGAUAAUCGAUCGUGUAUCGUGAACUGUCAAUAAUCGUGACCGUUUCCGAUUGUUUUUUUCCGGUUUUUAUUUUUUUUUUCUUUCACCCGGCGACAACAGUGAACUCGACUUGUGCUGUGAAAUGUUUUUGUUUUGUUUUGCCGACGAACUUGAAAGAUUAUUUUUGGGCGUAGCUGACUGUGUACGGCAUUAGUACUAACGUUAUUGUCACGUUGUGUUUGUGAUUUUGAACGUAAUAUUUUUUUUCUGAAGACUACGUCCAUGUGUUUUGACUAGAGUGAUGUGAAUUUGUGAUGUCUCUCGUCUGACACGAACAAAACACGCGAACGCGAAAAGAACAAUCGAUUUGGAAUGACACUGGCUGGUGAGGAAUAGAAUCGAUUUGAAUUUGAAGAACUGGCUGAUUUUCGAAAUUAAAAAAAAGAAUGUGUUCCAUUUUGGGGUGUGUGUGCGGUUCGCGCGGGUGACGUCGCCAGUAUGAGCCGGCAGUGAGCGCGGCUCGGACGGAUGCACCCGACGGGCGCGGCCAGCCUGCCCGCCGCACCCGAGGCGGAGGUGCAAGCUAUGCACUCCAUGGACUGGCUCUUCAAGAAGGAGAGGAUAUAUUUACUUGCGCAGUUUUGGCAACAGAGAGCCACACUGGCCGAAAAAGAAGUCACAACAUUAAAAGAACAACUGGCAACCACCAGUCCCACACCACUACAGGCCACCGUGCCACCGAAAACCAAUGGCUCACACAUAGAACCCACAAGGGACCAAGCUACAGAAACUAGGAUAGACACCUAUAGUCCAGAGAUAAAAGAAGAGAAGAGACAUUCGCCAGGCAUUGAUGAGGAAGUAGAACAGAAGAUGGAAAUGGCUGCGACUGGCAGAAGUAACAGUAACUCUUCCAGAAGUAGUCCGGUGGUGCAGGGUGGUAAUCUGGAGAACGAACUCGUUGCUAAGGAGAAAGAGAUUGCUCAAUUAGUGGAAGACGUGAGACGGCUUCAAGCGUCGCUUUCAGCGCUGCAGGAGGCGCACGCGCAGCAGCUUCAACGGCUGGAGGAGCGGCUGGACGAGAAGAAGCAGCACAUCGCGAGGCUCGAGGCCAGGCUUGACACGCAGCGGGAUUACGAUGACAUUAAACGGGAGAUCAACAUGCUCCGCGCGCUAGACCUGGGCGCGGGCGAGAGGUCUCUGGAGCGCAAGCCCGACCCUCUGAGGUCGCCGGCCGCACCCGUCCGCGAGGAGAGAAACUCCGCCGAGCGGGAGCGCAGCACCGAGCGACGGGAUACAGGUGGCGAGGAAUGGCCGAGCACGCCCCCACCGCUCAACAACAACACCACGCACCACAAUAACAACGGGCCGGUGUCGCUGCCGCUGCCGCCGCCGAGCCCCUUCCGCUUCGAGGAGCACCGCCCGUACCGGUUCGCGGAGGACAUGGGCCCGCUGCCGCCCGGCGCGCUCGUCGGCCGCCUCGGCGACUCGCUCAUACCGAAGGGGGACCCGAUGGAGGCGAGGCUGCAAGAGAUGCUCAGAUACAACAUGGACAAAUACGCGAACAGCAAUCUGGACACGUUGCAUAUAAGCCGGAAAGUGCGGGAGUUGCUCUCCGUGCACAACAUCGGGCAGAGGCUGUUCGCGAAGUACGUGCUGGGGCUGUCGCAAGGCACGGUGUCCGAGCUGCUGUCGAAGCCGAAACCCUGGGACAAGUUGACGGAGAAGGGGCGCGACUCGUACAGGAAAAUGCACGCGUGGGCGUGCGACGAGGCCGCCAUCAUGCUCCUCAAGUCACUGAUCCCUAAAAAAGUCUCGUCCUUUCCAGUUGGUACUAAAGAUGGUACACCAGGUCCAGGUUUUGGCAGACCAGACGGCGAGGGUGACGAGCGACUCGCCCACAUACUGAACGAAGCUUCGCAUCUUAUGAAGACUCCUGGCCAGCCUACCAAUGAUGAUUCCAGGAGUAAUGAGGACUCCAGCUCCCCGAGGACGCAGUGUCCGUCGCCGUUCUCGAAUAAGGACUCGAGUCAAAACCGAAGGCUGAAGAAGUACGAAAACGACGACAUUCCCCAAGAGAAAGUGGUACGCAUCUAUCAAGAAGAGCUGGCCAAGAUCAUGACCAGGCGGGUGGAGGAUAUGCGCCACAGUCGCGAGGGUUUCCCUGGUAUGUUCCCACCAUUUUUCAGCGGAGGGAUGCCGCCGCACAUGGAGAGACCUCCCGAGGACAUCCGCAUGGCCCUGGAGGCGUAUCACCGCGAGCUGGCCAAGAUCCAGCCCGGCAGCAACAUCCCCAACCUGCACAACUUGCCAGGCAUGCCGCCGUUCCCGAACAUCCUCGCGCUGCAACAACAAGCCAUGCAGCAAGCCCAGAACCAACACAUGAACGGCUCUGGGGCCAUCCAGGACCUGUCCCUGCCUAAAGACAAGAAUGCCAAAAUGAACGGAAUGACUGAUAGCGAUAAGGAUAAACCGUUGGACGCUGAGGAGGCAAUACGGCACGCGGGCAGUGCGUUCUCGUUGGUCAGGCCGAAACUCGAACCUGGACAACAGUCGACAGGCUCCUCCGCGUCCAGCCCGUUAGGAAAUGCAAUCUUGCCACCGGCUAUUACGCCGAACGACGAUUUUAGCAGUUCAGCAGCAGCGAGCCCACUGCAGCGAAUGGCUUCCAUCACCAAUAGUCUUAUCUCCCAGCCCAAUAACCCUCCUCAUCAUCCUCCACCACAGAGAUCCAUGAAGGCGGUCUUGCCACCCAUCACGCAACAGCAGUUUGACCUCUUCAACAAUUUAAAUACUGAGGAAAUAGUUCGAAGAGUUAAAGAGGCGUUGAGUCAAUACUCUAUUAGUCAACGAUUGUUUGGGGAGUCAGUAUUAGGGCUGUCUCAGGGGUCUGUGAGUGAUCUGCUGGCGAGGCCGAAGCCAUGGCACAUGCUAACGCAGAAAGGUCGGGAGCCAUUCAUCCGGAUGAAGAUGUUCCUGGAAGACGACAACGCUGUACACAAGCUUGUCGCGUCGCAGUACAAGAUUGCGCCGGAGAAGCUCAUGAGGACUGGAAACUACAGCGGAGCACCUCCAUGUCCGCCAAACAUGACCAAGCCGAUGCCGCCGACGCAGAAAAUGAUCUCAGACGCCACUUCUCUGCUAAGCAAGAUGCAGCAAGAGCAGCUGCUGGGCCCCGGCCAUUUGGGUCACUUAGGGCAGCCCACGCCGCUGCUACUAACUCCUCCGGGCUUCCCUCCGCACCACGCAGUGACCCUCCCUCCACAGCACCACGACAAUAACAACAAGGAGAGGAAGCCCCCACCCCCUCCGCAGCCGCACCACCAGCCGCCUGUCAUGCGCAACCUGCAUCAGCACAUAUCGCCCAGUGUCUACGAAAUGGCCGCACUGACGCAAGAUCUCGACACCCAAACCAUUACCACGAAAAUUAAAGAAGCCCUCUUAGCCAAUAAUAUAGGACAGAAAAUCUUUGGAGAAGCCGUACUCGGUCUUUCCCAAGGAUCCGUUAGUGAGUUGUUAUCGAAACCGAAGCCUUGGCAUAUGCUUAGCAUCAAAGGCCGGGAACCUUUCAUCAGGAUGCAGUUAUGGUUAAGCGAUGCGCACAAUAUCGACCGUCUUCAAGCGCUAAAAAAUGAGAGACGAGAGGCCAACAAACGGCGAAGAUCUAGCGGCCCCGGACAAGACAACUCCUCAGAUACGUCGUCUAACGAUACUUCGGAGUUCUACCACUCAAGUUCACCAGGCCCCACCACAGGAGCGCCAUGCGCAAAAAAACAACGAGUUCUUUUCUCUGAGGAACAAAAAGAGGCAUUAAGACUGGCGUUCGCAUUGGACCCUUACCCAAAUAUGCCCACGAUAGAAUUCCUCGCCGCCGAACUUGGCUUGUCGACGCGAACCAUAACCAACUGGUUCCACAAUCAUCGAAUGAGGCUUAAACAGCAAGCGCCUCAUGGUCUUCCCGCUGAGCCACCGGCGAGGGACCAGUCAUCGGCGCCCUUCGACCCAGUCCAGUUCCGUCUGCUCUUGAACCAGAGAUUGCUGGAACUACAAAAGGAGAGAAUGGGCCUAGCCGGUGUGCCGUUACCGUAUCCCCCUUACUUUGCCGCCAACUCGAAUUUAGCAGCCCUUAUCGGCCGUGGUCUCAUCCCUCCUGAAGAAGGAGGGAAGGACCAAGCCAGUGGACUCGAUUUGACAAUGCCGUUGAAACGCGAGCCUGAUGGAGAUGAUUUUGAAGAUGAUGACGUAGAGAGUAACCUCGGAUCAGAGGACUCAAUGGAUGAUGAAUCAAAGACUGAGCCGAAAGCGGCGUCCACGCCCCAGGGGCGGUCAAAUAGGCGAAAACCGGCGGCGCCGCAGUGGGUGAACCCCGACUGGCAGGACGAGAAGCCUCGCAACCCCGACGAGAUCAUCAUCAACGGCGUGUGCGUGAUGCGGAGCGACGACUUCAGGAGAGAGUCGGAGGAGACGGUGCGCGUGGAGCCGUCGCCGGUGCCGCGCGACUCGUCGCCCGCGCCGCGCACGCCGCAGACGCCGCACACGCCGCGCCCGCCGCACACGCCCGACGACGUCAUCCCCGAGGACAAAAUCAAAUCUGAGAACGAUGACGACCGGUGGGAGUAUUAAGACUUUACUGACAUUUAAUGUGUGACAGAAACCAGUGGAUUUUCAUACGGGACAUAUUUAUUAAAGUGAUAAAUUAGACGUUCAGUGCAAAUACUAUAUGAAUGUAGUUAGUGUUAUAUUCGAUUGUAAGGCCAAAGACUUUGUAAAUAAAUAUUAUCCUCUGUUAGUGUCCUCUGUCUGAACGUGGGACGACAAAACUUGCGAUACAAAAAGAUGCAUUUGCUUUAAUUUUUUUUUUCUUGUACGUAGUAGUACCCUGAACAGGUACAAAUAUCAGAGUAUUAAGUUAUACGGCUUUUUAAAUGUAAAUAAGUGUAAUACCAAAUUUGUCGAAUAUGAACCGUUUGUAUAUAUAUUUAGGGUUUUCUUUUAUGUAAAAUAUAAGCUGGUAACUUAGCCGUCAUUUAAUUGUUAAUAGAAAAAGUUUUAAAAGUGCAAUCAGAUGUUAGUGUAAGCUAAGUUCUAAUGAACUCCAGUUAAAAGUAUUAUUAUGUUUAUAAAUUAAAACCGGAGAGGUUUAAAAUAUUACGAUUGGGUUGAGUAAGUUUUUUACUUUUUAAAUUAUGUUUUUAUCUAUGUUUAUGUGCGGGACCGCUCAAGCUUGUCUCUUUUUGGACAGCAACUUCAAGUUAGUUUCCAUAGACAAUAUAA